GCGCAUCUUUAUUAUUAUUUAGGUAUCAUUCGUCGAUCGAAUGGGUAAAAUGUUAGAUACGAGGAUGUUUUGGCGCGUAUUUUUCUUUACCGUUUUAUUGCUGGUUAAUUAUUGUGGUGCUUUUAGCGUUAGGGAUGUCGAUCCAGCUGAUGUAUCGAAAUUGCAGGAAAUCAGGGACGAAAAUGAAUUCUUAACAAUCUGCUAUUACGCCGACUGGGUAGUAUUUCGUCGAGGCAAAGGGCAUUUUGAGCCAGAAGAAAUCUUGUAUCAACACUGCACUCAUAUCGUUUACGUGUUCGCUGUACUUGACGAUGAAACCAAAGACAGAAUGAUUCCUGGAGAGCCUACCAUUGAUAUAGAAGAAAAUCUUUUCGCCAGAGUCACCGAAUUGAAGAAAUACGGUCCCAAAGUACUUCUGGGUCUAGGAGGCUGGGUCGAUUCUACUCCAAAAUAUGGAGAAAUGUUACGCAGCAAUGAAUUACGUCAACAUUUAGUACAGCAAAUUUCUGAUUUCUUGAUUCAUCACAAUUUUGACGGAUUAGAAGUCGAUUUAUCAUUCCCCGGAGCAUAUCAGGGAAAUGAGACGAGUGGUACUCCUCAAGAUAAAGAUUACUACCUCAGUUUUCUGAGAGAGCUUCGUGAACAUUUCGACGUCAAAGCUCACCAACUGAAAAUAGAUAGAUUACUGCUCACCAUAUCUGGUCCAACGACAAACAAAAUGAUCGAUAUAGGAUAUCUCGUUCCUGGAAUUUUAACAUUAUGCGACUGGAUCGAAGUACUGACAUAUGAUUUUCAUGGAUUCUGGGAAAAUCGAACCGGUUUAGUGGCUCCUUUUUCAGCUCAACCAGGAGAUGAGCUAUAUGACGAGGAAGAAGUUGGUAACGUGCAAUCAGGAAUGGAUGUUUGGAUUAAACAUGGAGCUCCACCGAGCAAACUAGUGCUGGGUAUUCCAUUCUAUGGCCGUACAUUUUUGCUCACUGAUUCAAACAUGACUGAUAUCAACUCACCAGCUGAAGGAGAACCUGACGAAGGGGAGUAUACUCGUUAUUUGGGAUACUUAUCGUAUUACGAGAUAAUGGACAGAGUACAGAAAAAAGACUGGACAGUGGUUCACAAAGAAAACGUCGGUUCUUACGCUUACAAAGGCAAUCAAUGGGUUGGCUUUGAUGACAAAUAUGACGUCGCUGUUAAAGCCGACUACGUCAAACAGAAAGGUUUCAGAGGAGCAGCUAUCUGGACUCUAGGAUUGGACUGCUUCCAGAAAAAUUGUCCAGCCGGUCAGCAUCCUCUUCUAACGACAGUACGGGGCGUCUUAACAGGUGACAUAGAACUGAAAGAUGUUACCAAUUACCUCUGACAUAAUCGAUCGCAUAAUCUCCUAUUAUUAAGACGAAUGAAAUAAUCAGUGACAUUUGAUUGAUAAAUUUCGUCCUACUGUAAGCUCAUUUUACUUAACAGAUGAUGUAAAUUUUUAAUUCAUUUAAUAAAACGAAUUCUCUACCGUACAA